AUGGCUUCCACAGACCCUCUCGAGGUGCCGGAGGUGGCUGAGCAACCGAAUCCCCUUGAGCAACCUGCUGCUUCGAAAAAGUCAUAUAGACGGAAAUAUCGCAAGAUCAUGGUCUCAUUCGAAGAAAAAAUGAGAGACAACUCUGCAUUAUUCAAGGAAGAGCAAAGGAUCCUCGACAUAUCACAAAGACUGGCUGAGCAGACCGAUCAAAUGCUUCAGCUGCUGGUUGAUCUCAACUCCUGCCCUCAAAUCCCCCCCCGACUUCGGUACGACCUCGCCGCUCCUGGAGAUCGAAUCUCAACGGAUGGAAGCUUGAUACAAGUGGACGGCGAAGAAGAAGGCCACCUGGAUCUGCGGAAAGCGAGAAAUCAACUGCAACGAGGAGAGAUUGACGCGGUCAGAUACAGGGAGAUUGAAGCUGGACUUCUCAGGACGGCAGCAUUUGCGCCCGGUCGUUCGUAUUCAUCCCUACUCGACGCCGCGCCUCCUCCCAAUCAAUCAAACGGAAGCCAUGGCCUUCCGAGUGGGUUCUUGUCGACCAAGCAAGAAGAGCAAUAUUUGCAAGGAUUGGACGCAUUUCUAGACGGCGCCACCACGAAUCCCCGGUCGCACGCUGCGAACAGCUUGGGCAACCGAAGUAUGGACAAAACCACCGAGCGCGAACGCGAAACACAGCUCAAAAAUCCUGUGUCAGUCUACAACUGGUUACGAAAACACCAGCCUCAAGUAUUUCUACAGGACAAUGAACCUAGCACUGAAAAGGCAACCCGAACCACAGGCUCCCGAAGUUCUACAAGAAAGUCAACGACCAAAGAAGCAUUCAAGCAGGAACAAGACUUUUAUGACGAUGAUGGUAUUGCAAUAGAGAUCGAGUCAUCCUCGAGAGGGAAGCGAAAACGAGACAACGAUGGCGGCUAUCGACCCAAAGGAGGAAGUGCACGAGGCACCAAGCGAAGAAGGGAGUUAAGAGAGGAUACCGGUCGUAGCAAACGGGUAAAGAAACUCUCAGUCGACGCGAGAUAG